CACUGGUAUGAUAGUUGGUGGAUUAUCACGCGCAAAGACUUGUUUGAAUUUAUAAAUAUGAGACGAUAGUAAACAUGAGUCUUGAAGAUUUACUUACGUAUUUUGAACGACAUCAUCCAGAAUGCUUUAAUCUUGUUAACUUGCCCGAGGAAUGUGUUAAGAAUGGAAAGAAAAUACGAUUGGUUAUGGACGUGCAGAGUUGUUUACAUCGUCUCUACGGUGGCUAUUACAACGAUUGGGUAUGCGGUGGGCAAUGGAAUAAAUUAGUAGAAUACAUCAAUAAAUUAUUCCGUGCAUUAAAUUCGUCAAAUAUAGAUCUAACUGUAGUAUUUAAUGGCUGUGCAGAGAGUGAUAGGAUUAACCAAUGGAAAGACAUUCAAGACGUUCAUAAACGGAAAGCUAGACAAAUUUUAAGUCACGUGGCUGCCAAAGGAACUCCUCCGCCUAAAAUUUGGUGGUUAUCUCCUGUGUGUUUGCAAACGGUACUCAGGUCAAUAAUUCAAGCUGGUGUGAAUGUGUUCUGCACAUUGGAUGAUCAUCAUAAAGAACUUCUUCAAUUUUAUAUUCAAAAUAAGUGUGAUGGAAUUAUUUCCGAUGAUUUCGAGUUUGUCGCUUUCGGUAUUAAGUCCUAUUAUGUCGGAAGUAGUUUUAAAUUUUAUAAGGAAAAUACUUUUUCGAAAACAAUUAUUAAUGCCAAAAAAUUAAACUUGGAGAAAAUGAUGGAAUCUUUAAAAAUUCAUCAUGAUCAUUUAGUCAUUUUAACUGCUAUUCUCAGUAAUAAAAUUUUAUCAAAUCAUUUUAUUCCUUGUAGUAGUAAUACACUUAAGUAUUAUAAGAGUUAUAACAAGGACAUUUUUACAGAAUUUAUUAAAUUAAUUGUUAAUUUGCCUACUGAAUUUGAAGUUUCAGAAUUAGCAUCAAAUUUAUUUAGUUUGUCUGCUCAGGGAAAACACGAAUUGUUUAUUAAUUGGUUUAAUUAUUACAAAAGUUUUAAAAUUAAUGAUAAAGAAUGUUCAGAGGAAUUGAAAAUAUCAGAUAAAUCCCUUGAUGAAAACAGAAAGGAAGAUGAAUGUACGGGUACAUAUCAGCCUAAAGAAGAGAGAACAUUCCCAGAAAUAAAUAUGAAAAUACUAAAUAUUGUAUUGGAACGUCAUAGGCUGGGAGCAAUGAAUCCUUGGAUUUAUCAAGUUUUAACAAAGCAUGAAAUCAGAUUUCCAGUUGGAAUUGAAGAAGCAGAACCAGUUGAAAUACCAUCACAAAUUUAUUUUUAUCGCCCAAUAAGACAAAUUGCAUAUUCAAUGUUGUUAAGAGAAUAUAAAACAGAUUAUAACAUAAUCUCUGUUAAAGAGUGGAUUUGGAACAAAAGAAAUAACUAUAAUUAUCCAGAAUCAGUCAAUAUUUCAUCUCUUGAUGAAUCAGUAUUACCUAUUGAAAGGUUAUGGUUCGGAAAUACUGCAGAUGAUAUCAACAACCGUAUGAAAACUUUUUUAUUCUGUAUGAAAUGUGAUACUAAAUUGAUAUUAAAUUUAUCAUAUGUUCCUAAGCAUUUAAUUAUUUUCUGUUGUGUUUUGAGAUAUAUAAUAUCACAUCCUAAUGGACCAGUGUUAUAUAAAGAAGAAUUUGAUUGUUUUUUAGCACAAGCUGUAUCACACACCUUGCUAGAUUCAAGUUUUAAUCAUAAUAUUGAAAUAACUGAACUUACUGUACGAGGUGUAUUAUUAGCGUCUUUUUUUAUGCAUGGUGUUGAACAUGCAAUAUUUAUUAAUGAAAUAUGUGGUUUACCUAUUCCUCCUGCUAUGUAUUAUCCAUUUCUUUACUUUGAUGGAAAACGGUUUCAAGAUAAAUUAUCAAAAAUAAACAAAGGGAAAGAUAUUGUUGAACUCUGUGAUGGAAAUAGUCCUCCUUUUAAAAAGGAGGACCUUUUGAGAUACACUCAGACGAAAAGAUGGAGUGAACAUGCAUGA